CUCGUAUGCCGGUUGAAAGGCCGCACCGCGACAAGUGAAAUUACGAUAAGACCCAGUAGCAACAAGUCGCAAGACAAAGUGGACGAUCAUUCAACAAGUUCUGGCAAAGUGAAGAGGAUCAAUGUAAAAGUGCUGUAAACUCUGUAAAAAUGUUGAUUCAAAAUUUACAAGUCUUUUGCAAUAGAAACAAGAAAUACAAAACCAGGUUCCAACCGUUCCUGGCAUUGAAGGAGUUCAGUAAACGUGAUUGCGAUGAGGUUCGGGAAUUAUUAUGUGAAAUGUUAAUGGAUCCAAGGUGUGCGAUAGAUGUAGCAUUAUGCUUUCCGCAGUUGUUACUAACUCUUCUGACAUUAGCGAUAAAUGGUGAGGGUUCAAAGAAUGAAACCGUUGCCAGUUCGGAUCUUGCGCAUAGAUUGAAUUGUGUUAUCCUGGGAAAAAUAAUAUCCGUUCAUCCAGAUGUUUUGGGAUUCACUCUCCGUUACUUCGAAGUAAAUCCUGCACCGUUUGAACCAAUGGCAGAUGAUUCUAAUAUACUUCCUAAAAGACGGAAAACAAGCAACAUGACUUUUGCUGUAACUCAAGUGUCCGACUAUGAUAUAGUGGUUGCUUGUCGUAAUAUCUUACUUGCAGCUACUAAUCAUUUUAAAUACAAGUGGAACUGGUCCAACUUUUACGAAUAUUUAAAGAACAAAGAUGAUGAGAUCAAGUGGAUAGCACUGCAGUGUGUGGGAAUUGUCUUGGGUAUGUCUGAAUCUUUGUGGAUCAAGACAGCAGAGCCUUUGAUUAAAAAUUUGAAUGAUUUCUCAAUCAAGGAUAAACAAAGUCGAGUUAAUACACUGCUACCAGUUCUUGAAGACAUGUCUGAUAAAGAACCCGACACAAUUCAUAUUCCAUCAUCUGUUGUAAGAAUAGCUGGCGUUUCGCUACCAGUUUUAAAUGGUGGUUCACAAAGGCGUCAGGAUUUGAUUCCAGUUCCGUCAAUGGAAGAGAAUCUAAGAGGUUUAGCAUUAGCCGUUGCAUCCAGAAAAUGUGUCUGUUUGCGUGGCGCAGUAGGAUGUGGAAAGACUGCGUUAAUUGAAUAUCUGGCAGUGGCCACUGGUCGUGACAGUUCUAACUUUGUGAAAGUUCAACUGGGAGACCAAACCGACUCAAAGAUGUUGUUGGGAACGUACAGGUGUACAGACAUUCCAGGAGAAUUUGUAUGGCAGCCUGGUGUACUAACUCAGGCUGUAAUGACAGGACAAUGGCUACUUUUGGAAGAUAUUGACAGUGCAGCAUUGGACGUAGCAAGUGUCCUAAGCAACUUGAUGGAGACUGAAACUCUUUCUGUUCCUGGAUAUAGAGAUACGAUAUACGUUAAAAGUGGAUUUCAGUUAUUUAUGACUCAACGAUUAAUUUCAUCCGUCACUGGAUUUCAGAGGCAAGCAACGGUAGCCACAAAUUUGCUAGAGAAGCAUUGGUUUUGUGUUAAUAUGGAGCCAUUGACGAGGGAAGAAUUAAUAUCCAUAGUUCAGACUCUGUUCCCAGUUUUUCAUACGGUGGCAUCCAGAAUGGUGGAUGUCUUUUUGUUAUUUUCUAUUGGAUAUCAUAAUACCGAAGUCUGUGAGAAUGAAAACUUGACCAUGUGCACAGGCAGACUUACUUCAACAAGAGAUUUGAUCAAAUGGUGCAGCAGAUCUGCCACAGAUUUUGUGGUAUCUUCUCCAGAUUCUGGAUUAAAGUUACUGCAAGAUGCUAUUGAUAUAUUUUGCUGUUCGGUGUCAGAUCAAGUUCAAAGACUGAAUCUAGCAAUAGCGAUUAGCAAUAAGCUGGGAAUAGUGAAGAUGAAAGCAGAGUAUUUUUGCAAUUUUCAUAAACCUUCGGUGAAUCUUCUCCCGACAACUUUCAUAGCUGGUAGAGCAAAACUCUCUCGUAAGAAAUCAUUUCGUGCCCAGCUGGAUACCGUAAAAAUGAGUUAUUCAUUCACAAGACCAUCUGCUUGCAUUCUUGAACGCAUUACUAGUUGCGUAGCUCAGAAAGAGCCUGUACUAUUAGUUGGUGAAACUGGAACUGGGAAGACCAGCUGUAUACAGUAUUUGGCUCGAAGCACAGGACACAAAUUGAUUGUAAUAAAUAUGAACCAGCAAAGCGAAAGUGCUGAUCUUCUAGGAGGAUAUAAACCAGUCGAUUUUAAAUUUUUAAUAACUCCUAUAAGAGAAGAAUUCGAGAUUCUGUUUCGAUCAUACUUCGCAAUUGAGCCCAAUCAAAAAUUCCUUGAACACAUUGCUACGUGCUAUAAGCUGGGCAAAUGGAAAACUUUAGUCAAAUUAAUGAUCCACAGCACAUUGGCUGCAGUAAAACGACUGAAUCGAGAGAAACGAAGCACAAAGAAUAUUUCGGAAAUGUUGAAGAAAUGGCAAAAGUUGUCUUUGAAAUUAGAGAAGCUAUCGUUACAGACAAAAAGCCAAUAUUCAUUAGCUUUUGCAUUUAUAGAGGGAAGCUUAAUAAGAGCUCUUCGCGAAGGGUAUUGGGUUCUCUUGGAUGAGAUUAAUCUGGCUAAUGCAGAAACUCUGGAAUGUUUAUCUGGACUCUUGGAAGGUUCAUCUGGAUCGCUGUCACUAUUGGAGAGAGGGGACAAAGAAUUAAUUAAAAGACAUCCAGAUUUCACAGUCUUCGCUUGUAUGAACCCAGCAACCGAUGUUGGAAAAAAGGAGUUGCCCGUUGGUCUUCGUAAUAGAUUUACUGAAUUCUAUGUCGAUGAGUUAACGGAGGAGGUAGACUUACAAUUACUUGUCGGAUCGUAUCUCAGUGAGAUGAAUCUACCAACAUCUAAACAGGAAGCCUUGGUUAAAUUUUAUUUGAAUGUACGGAGAGAAGCAGUUAUUUCUCUCUUUGAUGGAACCGGUCAUAAGCCACAUUAUAGUUUGAGAACUUUGUGCAGAGCUUUGGGUAUCGCUGCUACUAAUCCUUGCGGAGCUGUUUUAAGAUCCUUGUACGAAGCAUUUUGUUUGAGUUUCUUGACGCAGUUAGAUCAUAAUUCGUAUCCCAUUGUGGAUACAAUGAUUAUUCGUGCUAUUUUAGACAAUAAGACUGCUAAAGCGGUUUUGAGAUCUCCGAUACCAAAACCAACCCAUGAACCGGAUGAGGAAUACAUUAAUUUUGAAGGUUAUUGGGUUGUACGAGGUAGUGUUGAACCUGAAAUACCAGAUAAUUAUAUAUUGACUGAGUCCGUUAGACGAAACUUGAAAGACCUCGUACGAGUGGUAUCGAUAGGAAAAAUGCCAGUCUUAUUGCAAGGUGACACUUCCGUGGGAAAGACUAGUUUGAUUACAUAUUUGGCUAAAGCAUCUGGUCAUGUAUGCGUACGAAUAAACAAUCACGAACAUACAGAUUUACAAGAAUAUGUCGGAAAUUAUGUAGCUGACGAGACAGGCAAACUAGUUUUCAAAGAGGGGAUUCUGGUCGAAGCCAUGAGGAAAGGACAUUGGAUAAUUUUGGAUGAACUGAAUCUGGCUCCUAGUGACGUCCUGGAGGCACUGAACAGAGUACUUGACGAUAACAGGGAAUUAUUUAUUCCUGAAACACAGCAGGUCAUCAAAGCCCACGGUAACUUUAUGUUAUUCGCAACUCAGAAUCCUCCUGGAUUAUAUGGUGGCCGGAAGGUCCUGUCCAGAGCUUUUCGGAACAGAUUUGUCGAGCUCCACUUCGACGAAAUCCCGGCGAACGAAUUAGAAAUUAUUUUACAUCAACGCUGUCGUAUGCCUAUUUCAUAUUGCAAGCAGAUUAUCGGUGUGAUGACAGAUCUUCAGAUUAGACGUAAAAAUACAGCAGCAUUUGCUGGAAAGCAAGGAUUUAUAACACUUCGAGAUCUCUUCCGAUGGGGUGAAAGGUACAGGCUGGCUCCUGACGUUGGUGAACGUCUCUACGAUUGGAGUCAACACUUGGCAGACGAAGGCUACUUGGUUCUUGCUGCCAAAGUGCGAAAAGCAGAAGAAGCUAAUGAAAUCAGACAAGUGAUUAAAAAGCAUCUCAAACGAGACGUAGAUCCCAAUACUUUAUUCACUUUGAAUGAGAAAACAUCGUCCGUAACGAGGAGCAUCCUGGAACAAAUCUCACAAGGAGAAAUUUCGUCUUUCAGUCAUAUUGUUUGGACUUAUCAUAUGCGAAGAAUGGCGGUCUUAGUUUGGAAGUCUUACCAAUUCAAGGAGCCUGUUUUACUGGUCGGUGAAACUGGUGGUGGGAAAACAACGAUCUGUCAAUUGAUUGCUGAGAUGAGUCGUCGAAAGCUUUACGCAGUAAAUUGCCAUAUGCACACAGAGUCUUCUGAUUUUCUUGGCAAUUUGAGACCGAUAAGAGAUCACUCGGAUACUGACAGUCAAAAGUUGUUCGAAUGGGUCGAUGGUCCAUUGAUAAGCGCUAUGCAGAAUGGGGACUUGUUUCUGGCAGACGAAAUAUCGUUAGCAGACGAUAGUGUUCUGGAGAGAUUAAAUUCCUUACUAGAACCUGAACGCAGUCUUCUGUUGACCGAAAAGGGAGUCGAUGAAAAUAAUGGCCAAAUUGUUGCGGAGGAAAAGUUUCUUUUCAUCGGAACCAUGAACCCAGGAGGUGAUUACGGAAAGAAAGAGUUAUCACCAGCACUUAGAAACCGUUUCACUGAGAUCUGGUGCGAAGGCUGUAUCGAACGAGAUGAUCUACGAGCCAUAAUUGAACAUAACCUCUGUGCAAAUUUAAAAGUUGUAAAAGAAUCAGUAGCUGCUAACAUGUUAGGUUUUCUUGAUUGGCUAACACGCUCUGAAACUGGAAGCAAAUUUACCAUCAGCGUGAGAGACGUUUUAACUUGGGUGAAUUUUAUGAAUGCUUGCGUUAGUAAGGAUAACGCUUGUCCUUUGAGUCUGACCGAUGCCUAUUUACAUGGAGCUUGUCUCACGUACAUUGACAGCAUAGGAUCUGGAGCGACAAGUGCAAUAAGUCCGGCUAAAUUAAUAACCUUUAAAGAGAAUGCCAUAAAAUUCUUGGAAUCCCAAAAUGAGACUCUGUCAGAGUCGGAAGAUACUUUGCAACGAAGCAUGGAUAUCGAUGUAUCCUUGGCAAGAUCUAUGGACGAGUUAUUCGGCUUUGCACCAUUUUAUAUUCCAAAAGAGCCCACUGCUAUCCAAAGUGCUCCUGCUUUUACUUUUACCGCUCCUACAACAAGAUUAAAUACUUUGAAGCUUCUACGAGGCUUGCAAUUAAAGAAACCAAUACUCUUGGAAGGAAGUCCAGGAGUGGGAAAAACGAGCUUGGUUGCAGCAUUGGCCAAAGCUUCGGGGAACGUGGUCUGCAGAAUUAAUUUAAGCGAUCAGACGGAUGCUUCGGAUCUUUUCGGAGCUGACCUUCCUCUAGAAGGUGGUAAAGGUGGUGAAUUCGCCUGGAAGGAUGGUCCUUUUUUGCGAGCCCUGAGAGCUGGUCAAUGGAUAUUGCUUGACGAAUUAAAUCUCGCUUCGCAAUCGGUUUUGGAGGGUCUAAACGCGUGUCUGGAUCAUCGAGGAGAGGUCUACAUUCCAGAACUAAAUAGGACCUUUUCGAUUGAGCCUGGAACAAAAUUAUUUGCUUGUCAGAACCCCUUAAGGCAAGGUGGAGACAGAAGAGGGUUGCCAAGGUCGUUCCUGAACCGAUUCACCCAGGUGUUCAUCGAUGCCCUGACGGACAUCGAUUUGAAGUUCAUUGCAACCUCGCAGUUUCUGGAUUUACCGGUGGAUCUGAUUUCCAACAUGGUGGAGUUUAACUCGAAACUUUCGUCAGAAGCUGGCGUCACUUGGGCUUAUCAUGGUUCUCCAUGGGAAAUGAAUUUACGCGACAUUACACGAUGGUGCGAGAUAACAGUUAAUUCAUCUCGGAGGAGAUCUAACCAGACCGAAGCAUCAUACAAUCCUGGGGAUUCGGUUGAGCUGAUUUACGUAGACAGAAUGAGAACUGCCGAGGAUAAGCAGAAAGUCCGAGAGUUGUACUCGGAGAUGUUCCCUGCUGGGAAAUAUCCUCUUCCUCGGAGCCAACCUGUCAUAUAUAUUACCAAAGAAAAUCUUCAUCUUGGAGAUGUGACCGUGGCUCGAACAAGUUCUUCCUGCAUCGGAGACCAUAAUUUGUUACUGCUCAGAGAUCAGAUGGCUACGCUAAGGAGUCUUGCAAAAUGUGUGGAGAUGAACUGGAUGGCUAUAGUGGUCGGUGGGUCAGGAUGCGGUAAGAGCAGCGUCGUCCGCACUUUGGCAGAAUUGGCUGGACGAGAUCUGAAGUCAAUAGUUGUCAAUUCAGCGAUGGACACGACGGAGAUCUUGGGCGGCUUCGAACAGAUGUUUCAUUGCACCGCGUGA